GACCCUACUGUGACAGUUUUUUCAAAACUAAACCGCUUCGUUAGCUCCUCGUCGUCGCCGCCGCCUCCAAUCCGCACCUCGUCGUCGCCUCCAUCUUCACCGGCGACCGCUCAAUUUAGCAUUUGUCGAGGAAGCAGAAGACGUCGGAGACAGCGGGUGGCCGUUGAUUCAGAUUCAGGCGCGGUUAUGUGCGUCGAACCCAGGCCCACCACCCAAGUUCAUCUCCUGCAGCAACCAAAGUCUUCCCGGAGAUGAAUGGCAAGAGCCUCCCUCCGCCCACUCCUCCAGCGGCUCCACCCCACCCCACUCACCGCCACUGUACCCGUCACAGCCCCUUCCAAGUCUAACCCGCGAGCUUAUUCCACUCCGAGCUCGAAAACUCCACCUUUAUCAAACUAUCACAGGGCUCUUUACCUCCUCGACUCAUGCCGCUGCGCCCACCACCUAUCCCAAGUGCACGCCCUCAUCAUCACCUCGGGCCUCAUUGCGAGCCCUGCGCUCUCGAGGCUGGUCCUGAAGGUCUCCGCCGACCUCGGGAGCUUGUCCCACGCAGUUCUUGUCUUCCCCACCAUCAAGGACCCCCAUGUAUUCUGCAUCAACAACAUGAUCAGAGCCUACUCCACCAGCACUGUCCCUGAGGAUGGAAUCUCGUUUUACUUCAAGAUGCUAAGCAAUGGAUUCAUGCCUAAUAGCUACACCUUCGUCCUGCUCAUUGGCUGCAGCUCGACCAUGCGCUGCAUCGGAAGUGGGAAGAUGUGUCACGCGCAGGCCAUUAAGCAUGCGGUUGAUGAGGUUUUGCAGGUCCAGAACAGCUUGAUCCGCAUGUAUGCCUAUAAUGGCGCUGAUGAGUUUGCCUGGAAAUUGUUUGAUAAAAUGCCCCACAGAGAUGUAGUCUCGUGGAACUCGAUGAUCAGUGGUCUUGUUGAGUCUGGAGACUUGGUGACUGCCCACAGGCUGUUCGAUAGAUUGCCCAAAAGGAAUGUGGUUACAUAUAAUGUCUUGAUCUCUGGUUACUUGCGAGGGGGGAAUCCUGGCGUGGGUUUGAAGUUAUUUCGGGAAAUGGCAAGGGAAGGAUUGCAAGGAAAUGCUGCAACUCUCUCGAGCAUCAUUACUGUAUGUGGGCGGUCUGCGAGACUAAAGGAGGGGAAAUCGGUUCACGGGUUUCUCAUCAAGACCUUCUCAAGGUCAAAUGUGAUUCUAGAUACAGCUCUUAUAGACAUGUAUAGUAAAUGUGGCAGAGUCGACUUGGCUUGUUCUUUGUUCGAAAAAAUGGAGACUAGGAACACAAUUUGCUUAAAUGCGAUGAUUUCGGGACAUAGCAUUCACGGGAACCCACUGGAUGGGCUACAACUCUUCGAAGACGUGGUAAAGGGGAUAAGGGUGGAAUAUGGAGAUUUUCCUGAUGAAGUCACAUUUAUCGGUGUUUUAUGUGCUUGUGCGCGUGCAGAAUUGUUAACCGAGGGCAGGAACUACUUGACCCAAAUGACCGAAACAUUUGGGAUAAAACCCAACUUCGCACAUUACUGGUGCAUGGCCAAUCUUCUUUCCGGAGUCGGGCUUGCUGAAGAGGCUGAGGAAAUGUUGAGGAACAUUCCCAAUGAUGAUGUGCCUUCACAGUCCUCUGUGUGGGUUAACCUGCUAUCCUCAUGCCGUUUUCGAGGUGCCGCAGCCUUGGGCGAAAGGAUAGCAAAUUCUUUGCGCGUGAAAGAUCCUCGGAACUUCUCCUAUUACAGGCUCUUGGUGAAUGUAUAUGCAGUGGCUGGUCAGUGGGAUGAUGUUGCGAGGUUGAAAGAGGAUUUGAAGAAAGAAGGCAGUGGAAGAAUACCGUCUUGUGGUCUCGUGGACUUGAAGGAAAUAGUUCAUGGUCUGGAAUUGGGCGAAGAUUUGCAGCAGUACAUUGAAACAGACCAGUUUAGAGUAGCAAUCACAACAGAACAGCUAUAGUAUGUCUGUGUCGAUACAUGAAAGAAACUCGCUCAUUAGAACAACCUUUCAGACGGCUGUCUUCUGGCCUUAUGACGUGAGUAACUUCUGAAAUGAAAUCAGGAUGAGUUUUCAGAAGACAUUAACAGCAACAACUCUGGACCAGAGAAUUGAGAAGAUUUACCAUGGGAAAGGCGACCAGUUCUCAACAGCUGUGACUUGGCGAGUGAAGCUGCACGGGGGUGGUCGGGAGUCGGGCUUAAACUAUUGUAAGACAAAGCGGUAGUAUUACUUAUAUAACUGAUUGUUCUUUUUGACACAACGAGUUGAAUCAUGGAUAUGAUGAGAUAAGAGGUCUUUUUGGGAUUUUUUUUUUUCAGUUCAUUGCUGUGAUGUUGAGUGAAUUCCUCCAUUGUUAUUCGGCAGGAGGAACACCUCGAGAUGUUUUGUAGCUUAAUGAUCAAUAUCUCCUCGCAUUGAGUUUACAUGAUU